UGUUGCGCACUUGCUCUCCGCGGGUCCGGGGUUGGCCGCAUGGAGCACGCACUGCGCCGGAACCCAUCCUGGAGCAGCCUUGGGGCACCUGAGCAUCAAGAGAUGAGCUUUCUAGAACAAGGAGAGAACACCUCGUGGCCCUCGCCGGCCAUGACCACUGGCUCAGAAAGAAGCCAGGAGAAACUGGGGGCCAAGGCCUCGAGAUGGACAAGGAAGGAGGCUGUGAAGGAAGGGGAGCUGCCAGAUCUGGGGGAAGAUCCCCAAGCCAAGCCACCUGCUGAGUUCACCGGGCUGGAGGCCACAUUCCCCAAGGCCACACACUUGUCCCAAGCUGCUCCCUUGGCCAAAGCGGGCACCCCACCAACAGAGUGGGACAUCCUCCCUCCUAACUGCGCAGCCGCAGCCGCUGGCCCGAGCGCAGAUGACCUGGAGCUGGACAUGGAGUUCCCGGACCCAGCAUCCUGGGGGUAUGAGCUGGGCCUGGUGGAAGAGAGGCCUGCCCUGUGCCCAUCCCCACGGGCCCUGCUACCCAGGCCGGGCUGGGACGAUGAACUGCAGAAGCCGGGGGCCCAGGUCUACAUGCACUUCAUGCAGGAGCACACCUGCUACGAUGCCAUGGCAACCAGUUCCAAGCUGGUCAUCUUUGACACCACACUGGAGAUCAAGAAGGCCUUCUUUGCCUUAGUGGCCAACGGCAUCCGGGCAGCACCGCUGUGGGACAGCAGGAAGCAGAGCUUCGUGGGGAUGCUGACCAUCACAGACUUCAUCUUGGUGCUACAUCGAUAUUACAGGUCCCCACUGGUCCAGAUCUAUGAGAUUGAAGAACAUAAGAUUGAGACCUGGAGAGAGAUCUACCUUCAAGGCUGCUUCAAGCCUCUGGUCUCCAUUUCUCCCAACAGCAGCCUCUUUGAAGCUGUCUACACCCUCAUCAAGAACCGGAUCCACCGUCUGCCGGUCCUGGACCCAGUCUCCGGCGCCGUGCUCCAUAUCCUCACGCACAAGCGGCUGCUCAAGUUCCUACACAUCUUUGGCUUCCUGCUGCCCCAGCCCUCCUUCCUCUCCCGCACCAUCCAAGAUCUGGGCAUCGGCACAUUCCGCGACUUGGCCGUGGUGCUGGACACGGCGCCCAUCCUGACGGCACUGGACAUCUUUGUGGACCGGCGCGUGUCUGCGCUGCCUGUGGUCAAUGAAGCUGGAGAAGUCGUGGGCCUCUACUCGAGAUUUGAUGUGAUUCACCUGGCCGCCCAGCAAACCUACAACCAUCUAGACAUGAGUGUGGGCGAAGCCCUGAAGCAGAGGACACUGUGUCUGGAAGGAGUCCUUUCCUGCCAGCCCCAUGAGAGCUUGGGGACAGUCAUCGACCGGAUUGCCCGGGAGCAGGUACACCGGCUGGUGCUGGUGGACGAGACUCAGCACCUCCUGGGCGUGGUGUCACUCUCCGACAUCCUUCAGGCACUGGUGCUCAGCCCUGCUGGCAUCGACGCCCUUGGUGCCUGAGAAAAUCUGAGUCCUCACUCCCAGGCCAACUUCCACACGCAGAAGCCAAGGAGUGAGCCAGGGAAUGCAGCCUUCAUCUUUCCCCACCCCCAUCUGCUGGUUUGGCUCUGGCUCAGGCUUCUCCAGCCCUCUCUAAUUGCCCUUGCCCUGCCUGUGCUUCCAGAAGCCCUCAGGAAUGCCCGUCUUCCAUGGGAUGAUGAAAUUAAGAACAGCCGAGUUGAGCCUGGAGAUCUAUGAACCAGAGGCGCUGGGAUUACCCCAGGGCUGCCUGCUCCAUGCCCACGUGCAUCACUCCCCCCAACGGGCCCCAGUGGAGCAGCGAGCCCUCAGCCAGCUGGGUUUAGUCAGGGGCUCUGGAGUCCUCAGCCUCUGGACCACCUGGGAGGCCCCGCUACUCUUCCACACUACUAAGGGUGGUUCCCCGUGACUUGGCCACUGCCCGCCUUCCCUCCCAGCACUGCAACAGCAGCCAUGUGGAGGGCCUGUUGAGUGGGGUCCUUGCUCCAUUCUCGUCCCGAGCACCAGCAAACAGUGUUCUCAGUUCCCAGUGACGGCCUGUGUUUGGAUCACUGAGGAUGAACCAUUGAAGAAACAAAAAGAACAACCAACCCAUGAACUUAAAUUGAAUAAGUUUCACUCCAAAAAUGCUAGUCAUUUGACCUGAACUUGCAGCAAGACCCCUGUGCUUUCUGAAUUCAAAGAUGCGAGGGAGAAUGUGUAAUUGACAGAUGCUACCACAGGAUUGCUUUUGUGCAUAGUGUUAGUCCACUGACAUUUCUUUUCUCAUUUUUUAUUUAUAACAAAACCAUAAAGAUGAUAUUCAUUAGUUAAUGACAUAGUGAGUACAACGCAGCCCACAAACUCUAAUCGGCAUGGAACAUAACUUUCUUUUUAACACUGAAUGUAAUUCCUAUUAUGAACUCCAUUUCACCAGGUGGUAGAAAUUAAUCUCCAUUUGGGGUUCACCACCACCUUUUCCUGGAAUUAAGUUCGUGAGAAGGGGAGCCUCACUCAUUAUCACCCAUACUUGCCAGCACCUGCUAAAAUAUUCCCAUUCCCAUCUCUUUGUCACUUUGGUUGGUCACUGGUGGGCAUGGCCCCUGCUAGGUGCUCCCUCAGUUCCUACCACGAGGCCUCCGUCAGCCUGCCUGCUCUUGGGGCAGGAAGACAUUCUAGCUCCUGGACCUGCACCUCUGGCCUCAGGGCGCCGUGUGGGGCAGUCCCAAGCACAUCUGCUUCGAUGGACAGCGAGUGGUCUGUUCUACUCUGCAAUAUGCUGUUGUUGGGUUUUUUCCCAGUCUCUGCCCUGGAAACGGCACAGGGCUCUUAUUACCUCUUUAUCAUCUCCAAACCUCUCUGGGGGUACUUAGCAUAUUCCCCUCCUCCCUUCAGACACAGCUUCCUUCUCAGGGAUUCCAGAAAUGUCUACAAUCUCUUUGCCUCCCCAACCCCCACCAACCUAUGGAAUUGUUACCAGUGGGGCCUUUUCCUCUAACCCAUCGUACAUUCUUCCAAGUCCUCUGUCUGUGUCUUGAGUUCUUGUCACCUACCUUCAGGAGCAGGCUUUGGAAAUUCCAAAGCCAAGGCCAGGCUUCUGCUAUGUCAUCCCUCCCCUGUGGCAACGGACACUGCAGGUCUGCUGUCCAGUGGGAAGAGGAGAGGCUAAUAUUUCUAAAAUCUGAUCCCCCUACAUUUACCUUGCAGAGCAACAGAGUGGAGAGGUUGGUGCUGGAUGAGUCAGGUAGUAAAUGAAGGCAUUUUCUCAUAGACACUCAGCUUCUGUUUCCAAUUUUGCCAUGACCCACGGGUCAGUGUUGGCUGUGCUCUGAGCCUGCCUGGGAAGGUCCCAGUCUUGGGCUCAAGUGGGAAGAUGGGAUGGGGGUGCUUCUCUGGGCCUGUCUCAAGUGAUCAUGUCCUUGGGGAGCCUGGGGCAGGCAGCCUCCUGCAGUUGACCGUAGGGAAUGUGUAACACGGUCAGUCUUUUGAGGUGGCCCCAGGUUGCUCUGCUCGAGCAGACCUUCAAAAGUCAGUGCUGGUGUUACAGGGAAAGGGCAGCCUGAGGAAAUGGUCCUUUCCCCCUUCUGCUCCCCUUCCCCCCACACACCAAGAGUAGGUAGGUCUCCAACCUCCUGGACCCACCACCCUGAGCACCCACCAGUUCCCCCUUGGGCCCUUCUCCGAGGGACCAUACCCAUCCCCUGCCUCAGUCCCCCUGCUCUGAUCACAGCCCAGCCCUCAGCUCCUGACAGCCCACCAGCGUAAUGGCUUCUAGAAAAGAGGUAAAGGGUCACCAUGGGGUCUACUCUGGCCCCAACUCUGAAUGAAAGUGUGAAGGCCAGCCAAUCUGCUGGCUUCUCAGUUCAUACCCAUGAACCUGGAGCUGGCCAAAUUUUCCAGACAUCAUUGACUCCAUGCUCCCAACUCCUGCCCUGCCCUUUGAGGCCUCUCUGGGGUUGUGACCUCCAGGCUGGACUCUCAUCCAUCUCUCACAUGAUCUCACAUCACAUCUCUCACAUCGUCUCUGCAGUUAUCAGCCCUGGCUGUGCACCAGGAUCCCCAGGGGAGCUUUAUAGGGUGGAGAUUCUGGGGCCCCAUUCCUAGAGAGAUGCUAAUCUCCUGACCUGGGGGUGGGACCUGGGCAACUGUAGUUAUUUUCUGUGGAAACUAGAGACUUGUGUUGCAUCACUUGUGAUGAGCAUGAUGGCUUGCUGAGAUAAAAGGGUGUCUCUUUUCCAUAAUUAGGAAAAUCAUUUGUCACAUUAUUGCAUCUAUAUUAUUUGUUAUGACCAAGAUCUACAAGGAAAGCUGGCUAAGAGCAAGGACACAAGAUAGAAGAGGCAACUUGCUGGCAUUCUCACUGUCCUUCCAAACAUGUGCAAAUACAGAAGAAUUCGGCACAAGGUCACGUUUGUCCAUCCCCUGAUGACAACUGUCAUAAUUUUUACUGGAUGUGCAUCUUAAAACUGGAAUCAUAAAUAAUGAGCUGAAACUGAGCUAAUAUUAAUGAGCCAAAAUACACUGAGAGCUAAAACGCUUGUGGAACAUGAGCAUGUAAACAGCCAGAAAAUAUUGGGUACUUGAUCUAUUUUUACUCCUGGGACUGCUGGGGAAAUGCUGUUUAAGAAGACAAGCUGAUUUCAAGGGGCACCUGCCCAGCUCAGCCAGUUAAGCAUCUGACUCUGAUUUCAGCUCAGGUUAUGAUCUCACA